AUGGGAAAUCUCUGUUCGAAGUCCUCGAAUCCCUCGGAUGCCUUUGCCCAACCGGGUCGAGUCCUAGGAACCGCUCCCGACCCUGCACCUUCUCGUGUCCCUGUUCCCCAGAAGAAGGUUAAUUCAUCCGCUGGAAGAACACUUGGUAGCAACCCUGGGACGGGCGGUGGGGACGCAGAGGCGCGCAGUGCUGCUGCGAGAGCAGCGGAGGAACGAGCUGCAAAGCAGAAUGCUGCCUCAAAUAAAGGCAAAUUAAGCUCGCAGCUUGCGGCGCAAAAGGCCAAGACCCAGAGUAGGACUCUCAAUGAGUCCAGUCAAAACGAACGGGCUGCAAGGGAAGUGGAUGCUGCCGAAACUUCAAGGAGAUGGGAUUAA